UCACAAACAUGACGAUGGUGUCGAACGAGUGGCGAUGUCGUAUUGAAUCUGCUCGAAAAUUAAGAAAGCUAAAUGCUGACAGACAGCGAAGUAAUAAAUGGGUAUACAUUGGAGAACAUUUCCAAACUUGGAACCGGCUUCGAAAGGAUCUAGGCUUUGAUUUUCAUUACAAGUUGGCUGGGUUUCUCCUGGAGUUCUUUUUUCAUGCAAAAGAAGCCAGAACUCAACCUCCUGAGAGUAGUUCAGUGCAAACCCAAAUCCCAUGUCAGCAAGCCCAGCCUACAGAAACAGAUACCAACCCAAAGGCUGGCACCCCUUUUUCUUUUAAAGAAGUCAGCACAAGCCAGUAUCCUAGUCAGAAAACUGUGAUAAAAGUGUUUAAUUGUGUCAAAACAGAGAGCCCUGUAUACGUAGUCACUCCAAAGACUGUGCUUCCCUCCCAAAGGGAUAAUCCUCCAGCCAUUGCACAAAACACCACAUUACAGCAGAAAGCCACUUCACAGCAUACUCCUGCCAUAGCACAGAACAGCACUUUCCAGCAGAAUGCCACUUUACAGAAUACUCCUGCCACUGCACAGAACAUCACAUCCCAGCAGAAAGCCACUUCACAGAAUACUCCUGCCACUGCACAGCACAGCACUUUCCAGCAGAAAGCCACUUUACAGCAUACUCCUGCCAUUGCACAGCACAGCACUUUCCAGCAGAAAGCCACUUCACAGAAUACUCCUGCCAUUGCACAGCACAGCACGUCCCAGCAGAAAGCCACUUUACAGCAUACUGCUGCCAUUGCACAGAACACCACAUCUCAGCAGAAAGUUACUUCACAGAAUACUCCUGCCAUUGCACAGCACAGCACGUCCCAGCAAAAACAGAAAGCCACUUCACAGCAUACUCCUUCCAUUGAACAGCACAGCACAUCCCAGCAGAGAGCCACUUCACAGCAUACUUCUGCCAUUGUACAGCACAACACUUUCCAGCAGAAAGCCACUUCACAGCAUACUUCUGCCAUUGUACAGCACAGCACUUUCCAGCAGAAAGCCACUUCACAGCAUACUCCUGCCAAUGCACAGCACAGCAUGUUCCAGCAGAGAGCCACUUCACAGCAUACUUCUGCCAUUGCACAGAACACCAUGUCCCAGCAGAAAGCCACUUCACAGCAUACUCCUGCCAUUGCACAGAACACCACAUCCCAGCAGAAAGCUACUUCACAGCAUACUCCUGCCAAUGCACAGCACAGCACGUUCCAGCAGAAAGCCACUUCACAGCAUACUUCUGCCAUUGCACAGAACACCACGUCCCAGCAGAAAGCCACUUCACAGAAUACUCCUGCCACUGCACAGCACAGCACUUUCCAGCAGAAAGCCACUUUACAGCAUACUCCUGCCAUUGCACAGCACAGCACUUUCCAGCAGAAAGCCACUUCACAGAAUACUCCUGCCAUUGCACAGCACAGCACGUCCCAGCAGAAAGCCACUUUACAGCAUACUGCUGCCAUUGCACAGAACACCACAUCUCAGCAGAAAGUUACUUCACAGAAUACUCCUGCCAUUGCACAGCACAGCAUGUCCCAGCAAAAACAGAAAGCCACUUCACAGCAUACUUCUGCCAUUGCACAGAACACCACGUCCCAGCAGAAAGCCACUUCACAGCAUACUCCUGCCAUUGCACAGAACACCACAUCCCAGCAGAAAGCUACUUCACAGCAUACUCCUGCCACUGCACAGCACAGCACGUUCCAGCAGAAAGCCACUUCACAGCAUACUUCUGACAUUGCACAGAACACAGCAGCCAUUUCUAGAAGUAGUGAUCCGUGUAUUGAGGAUAGGUCUGACAUUGACUUAAAGCCACCUUAUUCUUUAUCUCAGUUAAUAUAUCAGGCCAUUAUGUCUACAGACGACCACCAAAUAACACUAAAUGGCAUAUGUGAAUAUAUAAGGAAUACUUACGCAUACUACAGAAUGACAGAUGUAAACUGGAAGAAUACAUUACGUCAUGUAUUGUAUGCUCGAAGCUGCUUUGUGAAGGUUCCAAAGGUUAAGGAUUCAUUUCAGAAAGUUUUAUUUUGGAGGCUCAAUGAAAAGCUAUCAAAUGAUCAGUUGAGAAGACUGCAAGAUACUUUUGUGCGGCGUAAAAGGUCACGUUCUACCUCUCCCAAUCACACAGAUAGGAGUUACACACUUGUUGUUAAAAAGCUAUACAGGAGAGAGAAUCCAUUUUCAAGUGAAUUAGAGCAUGCUUACAGUCAACCUGGUGCCCAUACAACAGCAGGAAAAUUGGAAGGAACUGCAGGAGAACUCAAUAUUACUUCUGGAGAAAGAGUGAACAUGGACACCGCAGAACAACAUGACCCUCAGAUUAGGGAUGGGCCACUGCGUGUGAUCAAAGUUAUAUACCCGGUUCCCAAAGAAGUACCUGUAACUGCCUUUCCUGUAACAAUAAGAAGUCUGGAUAAAGAAUCCAUGGAAGAUAAUGACCUAGCGGUUUCAGGGGGAUUAAUUAAUGUCAAUGAGAUCAAAGUAGACAUGACAGAAGUGACACAGCCAGAGGAAUGUAAAGUAGAAUUUACUGGCUCAAGUCAUUAAAUGUUGACCCUUGUUGGUUUUUCUAAGGCAUGAAAUGAACCAAAGUCAUCUUUCAAGGGUAAGAAAUCCAAUGAGACUUUCUUUACAUUGCAAAUGAUGUUCAGAUGUUAGGACGGAAUUUAAAAAUAAUCCUUUUUCCUUUUCUGAGUUGUCUUAAUUAUGUGCAAUAUGACCACAUCCAUAUUCAUGACUUAUUACCAGGUGGACUUUGGUUGAGGACCGAGAGUUCUUUAGAUGUGCCAUACAUACAAUACAUUGAUUGUAUACUGUUAUUUAUGAAGACUUUAACCUUGUUAUUGUUUUAAUCAUUUAAUCAAAGAGCUGCCUUUGAUUCA